UCGGCAAUCGCGCCACUCUCGUAUGCGUUUCGUUUUGCGUCCUUUAAGCUUAGUCAAGCUUGGCCGCGAGUUUUGAUGAAAAUUUUUCCUGAACAGAUAGUUUAAUUUAUUUAGAAUAUAUGAAUUUAUAUUAAAACAACGUGAUUCAUCAUGGCUGAAUACUUGGCUUCAAUUUUCGGAACGGAAAAAGACAAGGUCAAUUGUUCCUUUUAUUUCAAAAUUGGAGCUUGUCGGCAUGGAGACCGUUGUUCUAGAAUUCACAAUAAGCCAACUUUUAGUCAGACUUGUUUACUGCAAAAUCUUUAUGUAAACCCACAGAAUUCAGCAAAAAGUGCGGAUGGAUCUCACCUGGUCGCCAAUGUGUCAGAUGAAGAAAUGCAAGAGCAUUAUGAUAAUUUUUUUGAAGAUGUGUUUGUUGAAUGUGAAGAUAAAUAUGGUGAAAUAGAAGAAAUGAAUGUAUGCGAUAACUUAGGGGACCAUCUUGUUGGAAAUGUGUAUAUCAAAUUCAGACGAGAAGAGGACGCUGAAAAAGCAGUGAACGAUUUGAACAAUAGAUGGUUCGGAGGUAGGCCUGUAUAUGCUGAGUUAUCACCUGUAACAGAUUUCAGAGAAGCCUGUUGCCGCCAAUAUGAAAUGGGACUAAUGACGGGACAAGCCCAAAAUGCUAGGGAAUGCACACGUUCGGGGUUUUGUAAUUUUAUGCACCUGAAGCCUAUUUCUCGUGACCUUCGUAGAUACUUAUACAGUCGGAAAAAAGGUGGUGGUAGAAGAUCGAGAUCCCGCUCAAGAUCUCCAAAACGAGAUCGUAAACGCAGAUCGCGUUCACGUGAUCGUCGAUCCAGGUCCAAAGAACGUCGUAAGGGACGUGAUAAUCGUUCUGGAAGAUACUAAAUCAUUGUGAUUUGAUCAAUAUUUUAUUCAUUUGAACGAACAUUGAACUUUCUUUGAUCAGUAUGAAAGUCACAGUGAAAUCAAUCUGUUGCAAAUAAUGGUAGCCCGUUACUUUUAAAUCAAAAGUCAAUUUUGAUUUAGUAUGAUCAGUUGAAGUCAGUAUCAAUUGUAUUAUUAUAAAAAUCAUUGUAAGUUAACAUUUUAAAUACAUUUUGAUAGAUAAUAAAUAUCAUCUUUUUAAGUGGAAUGAUGUAAUUUGAUUUUGACGAUGCAUGUUAUUUUAAUUUUUAUAAUCAUCCUCGAGCAUAUUUCGUGAUUGAUGUUAUCUCACGAUCCUAACGUUCGACUAAACGACUAAUUAAAUGAGAUUCAAAAAAAUAAAUUAGUGGUUUGCACGGAUAUACCUAUGUAUGAAUUUAUUAUUAGGAAAGUCGUUGGAAAAAUAUUUUAAGAACUAUUCGUUUUCUUUCAAAUUUUUAACAGACUAAUUUAUUUUGUUUCGAUU